ACACACCUGCACAUGGGCCAGCCCUGCAGUCCCCAUCUGCCAUCUCCACAGCCUUCCCCCUCUCAGCUAAAACCUCACUCCCUCGCAACAUCCCCCUGUCCCCCCCUGCCUCCCCUCUGCCCUCUCCCUGCCUGCCCCCCCCUUGCCUCUCCGUGCCGCCCGCUACCAGGUUUGAUCUGCGCAUAUCCGAGUUUGCCGCCCACAAGUUCCAGCGGGACGGCAUCACUGUUCACACGCACGCGCGCGUCACGGCUGUCACUCCGCGCGCUCUCCAUGUGCGGGAGACGAGCAGCAGCAGGGAGAGCGGCAGCAGCGAUGGCAUGGGAGUGGAGGGCACUCUAGUAGCAGCAGUGAGAAGAGCAGCCGUGUGA